UGCAAGUGAGAUAACCCUUCCUCACAUUGCAAAACCCACGGCUGCCAUCCCCCUUUCUUCCCUCUCCUUUUCUCUCACUCCCCUCCCUCACGGCUCACAAGAAACCAGCAGCCGCGCCCCACCGUGACCUCCACCAGCAGCACGGGCCACGUGUUUUUUUCUCCUCCAUAGGCAGCCACCGCAGCACAGCUCUCUUCUCCCUCCCCCACGCACAGUGACGGCAGCAGCAGCCUUGUUCCCAACCUGCUGCAGUGCCGCCAGCUUGCUGUCCCAUCGCCACCACCUUCCGAUUCUGCUGCAGCCGCGGCCUCCAACUGCUACCCCACCUGCUGCCGUGAAGGCUGCCGCCACCAGCAGCUACUGUCCAGCUGCGUGGCAUCCUCCAAAACCACCUAGUCUUCGCUCCUUUUCUAGUUCUCCCAUUUGAUAAAAUUGUCUCUGAGAUGGAGAAGGACAUAAUUGAGGAUGAUGACCCAUUUUUUAGACACGAAGGGAUGGCUGAAGACGCCCCACCAUAUCCCUCGGAGGUAGAGCUAGUACCAACGGAUGCUCCCACUAUCACUACUAGCGUUGGUUCUAAGAAGAGAAAAGGACGAGGUCCUACGAAAAGCCUCAAAGUUACAGAACCCAUGCACUUAGAAUACAAUGCAUUGGGUCAACCCUGUGGCAAAUGGCGUAGGCAAUAUGGAAAACAAAUCGGCAUAUGUAGUCGUAAGAUUUCCAUAUUGUACGCAUGGAACGAGGUUCCAGAGGAUUUGAAGAACUCUCUGUGGGAUGAUAUUGUGAAUCUUUUUCACAUUGAGAACAAUAAAGAAAAGAAAAAUGUAUUUCUUUCAGCUGUUGCUAAAAGAUUUAGAGAUUUCAAAUCCAAGCUUGUAACUGGCUGGAUCACCAAGAAACGUGCCCGUAAGACCAAGAAAGUCAAAACGGGAAACGAAGGUGGAGACCAAGCACCUUCAAAGAUGCCCUAUGAAAUAUGGGGUCAUAUAUCGAAGAAUGAAUGGGAAGAGUUUGUUGCCAAAAAAACAACUCCCACUGAAGUUGAAAAGCGUGGUAAAGCUUCUGAAUCAGCAAGCAAAAGGAAGUUUUACCAUCGCUUGGGCCCAAAAACGUACGAUGAGGUCCAAAAAGAGUGGGUGGAUGCGGGUUUAUACCCCAAUCAAGGUCCGACGACCUCAUCUACGGCUAACUCUGCAUUUGUGAAUACUCCUGCUGGAGAUCGGGUGCGAGAUUGGUAUUGCGGACUUCAUUCCCGAGAUUCAAGUGGUAAAUAUACCAUUACUGAUCCGGGAGCGAAGAAAGUUGCUGAUGCUGUGAUAGGCUGGAAGGAAAAAGAAGCAACGAGAGAGUUCACCCAUAGAGACAAUGUUGAUGCAUUACAUAUUGUCUUAGGGAAAGACCAAAAAAAGCGGGUAUUCGACAAAGGAGGGGUCCGAGUGGGAUUAAAGAAGGCAUUCGGCAAAGAGUGUGUCGCUACUCAAUCCAGAUGGUUGCUACCUGAAGAAGUAGCGACCCUCAGAAGGGAAAUUACGAAGGACAUACUCUACAAAUUUGCAUGCAUUUUGCAGAAGAUGGGAGCACCCAUUGUAGACUUGACAAAUAUGAUUGGCGAGGAUCAAUUCACUACCAAGAGUCCAAAAGGCUCUAAGAGAGAGACCGAUUCCUCAUCAAAGGCUGGUUCAAAUUCGAUGGGAACCAAUCCAAUUUUGACUGAUGCGGAGCUGAAAGAUCUCUCUCCAGAUUGCAAAUGGUUGCACACAUGUGCAUCUCGCAUGUGUGAGGAGAACCCAAUCAUGCUACCCCUGGAUAAGGACCAAUUCAGCUUUGCUGAAAACCCUUUUGUAAUUAUCGGUCCUAGAGAUAUUGGGCAAUUUUUAAGAGGAGAAAUGUUGAAUGUAGCUCUUAUCCAUGUCUACAUGAGUGCGGCUUAUGAAGAGCUAGAUUGUUGCGAACCUCCAAUAAAAAUUGGAUGGUUUUGUCCUGAAACGAUUGCGGGUAUUAGAUGUGUAAAUGUGCUAGAUGAUGUCAGAGCAUACAUUGAGCGUGCUUUGAAAAAUUCGCUUACAUCUAAACACACGUUCAUUCUGGCUCCAUAUGUGGAAGAUUUGCAUUGGAUACUUUUGGUCAUAUGUCCUUUGACUAAUAUCGUGCACGUCUUCGAUUCGUUACAUAAAGCUCAAAGCCCGCCUCGCAACACAAAAUUCAAAGCCUUGUUAAAUGCCACAAUGAAGAAAGUGCGUGUAGAAAUGGGAUCUAGAUCGAGAGACACAUAUCCGAAAUGGAAAACAGUAAAGUGCUUUCGACAACCUUCUAAUUCCGUUGAUUGCGGCUAUUACACUCUCAAAUACAUGGAUGAUAUCUUAAAAUCCGUGAAGGAGAUUGGAGUCGAAAACAUAGAUGCCGUUUUAUACGACAUUCCGAGGGAAACACGCCCUCUGAGAAGUGGAGAGAUGCGCGAAUUAAAAGACAAGAUUGCCGCGUAUCUUGCUAAUUUUUGUCCUUGAUAAAUUGUAAUUAGUAUAGAUUUUUUAGGACUUUAAUAUAUAUUAUUGUAUAUAUAUGUACGUACAUAUCAUAUUAUAUUAUCGAGAGUUUUUUAUUACAAAGAGAUCAUUGGUGAUUAUCAUUGGAUCAUUAUUGGAUUAUCAUUGUUAUUACAUUGUA